GUCCCUAACAAAAGAAAUUUCCACCGAAAAAAACCCAACUUUCUAUUUUCGAUAUCUAGACACUGCAUUACCUGGAUCUUCAAUAUUCUCUAGCAAGCUGCGAACGUUCUUUGUAAAAACCUUAAAAAACUUGAAAUUUUGAUGCAAUGAAAAACACCCACAUGUUAAAACUUGUUCUCGCAUUAUCUUUAGCAGCUUUCUUGUUCGUUCUUAUACUUGUCAUCUUCUUUUACCGUAAGAGGAUAGCUAGAAAUUACCAGCUGGGUGACAUAGAAAGCAAAGAGCAGAAGCAUGAAGAAGAUGAGUCAGAAAUGGAGGACUUGGUAACUUUUAGUAGUGGAGAAGAGCUCACCAUCUGUGACAUUCUCGAUGCUCCUGGUGAAGUAAUUGGGAAGUCCAACUAUGGAACCUUGUACAAGGCCUUGUUGCAGAGGAGCAAUAAGGUCAGAAUGCUUCGUUUUUUGAGGCCAGUGUGUACCUUGAGAGGUGAAGAGUUUGGUGAUGUGGUUCAGCAGUUGGGGUGCAUUAGACAUCCCAAUUUGGUGCCUCUUUUGGGAUUUUAUGCUGGGUCCAGAGGAGAGAAGCUUCUUGUUCAUCCUUUUUACAGGCAUGGCAAUCUGGCUCAGUUAAUCAGAGAGACUGAAAUUCACUGUUUCUUUUGGGCAGAUGGGAAUGGGGAGUCUCAUAGAUGGACCAUAAUUUAUAGGAUUUCCAUUGGUAUGGCCAGAGGAUUAGAUCAUCUGCACACUGGAUUGCAAAAGCCAAUAGUCCAUGGAAAUAUUAAGUCUAAGAACAUAAUUUUGGAUCGCAAUUACCAGCCAUAUGUCUCGGAUUUUGGACUAUAUCUACUCUUGAAUCCUACUUCUGGCCAAGAAAUGCUUGAAGCUUCAGCAGUUGAGGGCUAUAAAGCUCCUGAGCUAAUCAAAAUGAGGGAUGCAAGUGAAGAGACUGAUAUAUACAGUCUUGGGGUGAUCUUUCUUGAACUAAUUUCAGGAAAGGAACCAAUAAAUGAAAAGCCAACACCUGAUGAGGAUUUUUAUCUGCCAAACUUUAUGCAAAAUGCAGUUAUUGAUCAUCGAAUUAGCGAUCUGUAUCAUCCAGACAUACUUCUGAGGAAUAGCAAUGAUCAGGGAAAUCCAGUUACUGAAGAAUCCAUUCUUAAAUUCUUUCAGCUUGCCAUGGCUUGUUGUUCUCCUUCUCCUUCUCUUAGACCCAAUAGCAGACAAGUACUCUUGAAGCUUGAAGAAAUUGGAAAGUAGGAACUGGUGCAUUUUGCAGAAAUAUAAGCAGUGGCAAUGGUAGUGGUUCAUUAUUCUAUUGGUGUCAUGCUAAAUUUCUAAAUUUAGAUUUCGAUGAUUGCCUUUGACAGUCACAGUAAUAGUGGUGACAAUAACAACAUUGAUGUGUAUCGGAAUAGCAUAAAUGGGUAAUGUCUUGAAGCAAAAAGGUUGAAUAUUUGCUACAUGACAAGGGUUUUAUAAUUGGUGAUGUUGACAUUUAUGGAGAAAGUUUCUUCUCAGGGUGCUCCCAUGAAGCAAAAGUGUAAGUUCCAGCCAUCCAACGAGGAUUGUAGAAUUUGCAGUUGGUUUUGUCAGAUUGCUGAAUUUCUUUAUCAUAUGACAAACUGGUGCCUGUUAAGAGAGACAAAGGCAUGUAAUCUUGCAAAAAAUGUUAUACCACUCCUAAUAUCCGCAUAGUUAGAUGUCUUUGGAUUUUUGGGUAAUGACCUUUAACCAUCAAGUGAAGAUAUUUCAGUUUGUUGAAGUGGUGCCAAGAGCAACAGAAAUGUUGGAAUGAAGCUAGGAGUUUGUCAGCUACUAUGGGUGAUUUCUGGUCAGUCCCCAUGUUCUUCAGGUUAGUUUCCAACCUUUCCAAGAAUGAUAUGGUGGACACAAAUAUUUAAUCCCAUGUUGUUGGCUAGUUCAUUCUUUGGCUCUUUCAUAGGACAGCAACACCAUUGUCAUUGUGAUAGUUGACUAGAUUUUCCCCAUUUUAUUUAUAUAAAAAAAUAUGGUCUCAUUGAUAAACUCAUAUCCUAAUUGUGUAUUCAAC